UUGACUUUGACAUUUACGUAUGAUAAAAAAUUAAAUUAAUUUCAAUAAUGAAUGAUUGUAAAGAUGAAUUGAAAGAAAUCCAACAAACUUCACAAAAAAUAGAGAAAAUUUCCAGAAAAGAAGGACUGCGUGAAGGGAUAUCAGCAGGAAGGGACGGUAAUUUCCAAGCAAGCUUUGAUAAAGGAUUCCAGGAGGGAUUCAAAAACGGUUUUAUGUUAGGGAAACACAAAGGAACUCUCUUAGCUACAAAUAAACAAUCACCUGUAGAACAACAAAUGCAUCAACUUUUAGAACAUACCAAUAGAGGAUCUUGUGAAUUAUGUAAAAAUAUCGAAUCCUUAAAAGACGAAGAAAACAUCGAACAGCUCAUUGGAAUUCAAAAUGAUUCGUACAAAGCAAAUUCGUUAAUAUUAAAUACACAUUUCGAACAGAUCUGCGCUAAUGGUAAUUGUUCUAACAAAGAUUUUGGUUAAUUAAUAGAGCUGCGUGUGGAAAUCUCACGAGUUUUGUUGCCUUAUUCUAUCGUACAUAUCGAAUCUAUCCUGAUACUUAUCCACUUUGUUUCUCCACAUAUCUGCAGGAAAAGUUAAUGCAAUUAUUUGGUAUUAAAAAAAAGGUCGAUUAAAUUACCUAUCAUUUCGUUAAUGGAGGGUUGUUUACCACCGUAAUCGGCAGGCAUUAGUUCCUGUGGUACAUAUUUGUAUAAUUCUUCGAUUGAUUUGUGAAUUUGUAUCUAAAAUGAAAAAAAUUAAAAUAAAAUGUCC